AUGGGUGCCAGCGCCGAGGCGGACGAGACCCUGUGCCAGGAGUCGCUGCAGUUCCUGUGGGAGAUGCGCGGCUCGGGCCUGCUCUGCGACGGCCUGCUAAAGACCCACGACGGCGGGGAGUUCCCCGUUCACAGGGUGGUCAUGUCCAGCUGCAGCGAGUACUUCAGGGCCCUGUUCGCGAGUCCCAUCCAUGGCAGCGCGAGGCAGGAGGUCCUCGUACCGGGCGUAUCCAAGGCGACGCUGGCCAUCAUCGUCGAGUUCGCCUACAAGCGGGUCACCUGGGUCGGUUGCGACAACGUCGAGAGUCUUUUGGAGGCGGCCGACUACCUCUGCGUCAUGGGCAUGGUCAAGGACUGCUGCGAAUUCCUCGUGUCCAUCAUGGCGCCGGAGAACUGCAUCUCCAUCCACAACGUGGCCAAGCUAUACAACUGCUUCGACCUCACCGAAAAGGCUUACAAUUACCUGAUGCAGAACUUCAUCGAGGUGUCCAAGAGGAGCGAGGAACUGCUCAGCCUGGACAUCGACGACGUGGAGGCCAUCUUCUCGGACGAGAACCUGAACGUGAUCAAGGAGGAGACCGUGUGGAAGGCCGUGACCCGCUGGGUCGACUUCGACCCAGAAGUCCGGCAGCAGUACAUGAUCCGUCUGCUCAAGUGCGUCCGCACGGGACUCGUGGACACCACCUUCUUCGUCGAGAGGAUUAAAGCACACCGAUACAUCGCUGAUAACGAGACAUGUAGGCCGUUGGUGAUCGACACGUUGCGUUUCCUGUACGACCUGGACGUGGUGGUACACAACGACGAGGUGCCGACGCCCGUGUUCGCCCGGCCGCGGAUACCGCACGAGAUGAUGUUCGUCAUCGGCGGCUGGAUGUCCGGAGGACCCACGGCGUUCAUCGAGAGCUACGACACCAAGGCCGACCGCUGGAUCAAGGUGGAGAGCGUGGAUCCGGAGGGCCCCCGAGCGUACCACAAGUGCGUGGCCAUCGGCAGCGACAUCUAUGUCAUCGGGGGCUUCAAUGGUGAGGACUACUUCAGCAGCGUGCGCUGUUUCAACGCCAAGACCAAGAUGUGGCGCUCGGUGACACCUAUGCACGUCAAGCGGUGCUACGUGAGUGUGGCGAUUCUCAACGACAUCAUCUACGCCAUGGGCGGAUACGAUGGUCGCCACAGGCAGAACACCGCCGAGAAGUUUGACUACCGGACCAAUCAGUGGACCAUGAUCGCGCCCAUGAACGUUCAGCGGAGCGACGCGUGUGCGACGACCCACGAUGGCUACGUGUACGUGACUGGCGGCUUCAGCGGCAACGAAUGCCUCAGCUCGGCCGAGCGCUACGACCCGACGGCCGACCAGUGGUUGAUGAUCGCUCCCAUGAGGUUUCGGCGCAGCGGCGUGGGAUGCAUCGGCUUCCGCAACUUCGUGUAUGCUAUCGGAGGAUUCAACGGCACCUCGAGGCUCUGCUCGGCCGAGAAGUACAACGCGGAGACCAACAUCUGGACUACGUUGCCCAACAUGUACACGCCCAGGAGCAACUUUUCCGUCGCCAUAAUCGACAACCUAGUGUUCGCCAUCGGCGGCUUCAACGGCGAGAGCACGACCAACCUGGUCGAAUGCUACGACCCGAGCACGGACCAGUGGUACGAGGCCACGGACAUGAACGAGUCGCGGUCGGCCCUGGCCGCCUGCGUCAUCGCCGGCCUGCCCAACAUCCGGGACUACAUUCACCAGCGGAGGGACAACCUGAUGGAGGAGAAGCGCCAAAAGAUGCUCGACAUCCUCAGGCUCCGGUCGCGACAGACGAACAGGGACAGCGAAAGAAACGUCUGA